AUGCACCGUUUAUUGCUGAACAAAGGGUACAUUUUCCCCGAAGUCAAGCUUGAAGACGCUGCCGUGCUUAACCCUCUGGAUAACCUCAAGCUGCUUGAGCAAAUCCAACAAGAAGAAGCCAUCGUCCACCUGGCUAAAUUGCAAGAACUCAUCCGCAGAGGCAAGCCGCAGGACUUACAGGAAGCUAACAAGUUGAUGAAGAUUAUGGCUGGGUUUAAGGACGACAAUGUUGUCGAGCUGAAGAAGCAAGUGUCGCAAGACGUCGCCAAGUUGAAGCGCAAGACCGAGAUCCUCGCCGAAAUGUUGGCGCUGAUCGAGCUGACAGGCCAGGGUAUCACUUCUGACCACGACACCGUGCACGAGUUGUACGCCCUGAUUAAGCUGUCGCAGCCUAGCAUUUUGAAGAUCGUCGAAGAAAACGACGACGCCGACCAAGUGCAGGAGCUUUUGGCGUUGAAUGACAAGGUCAACUCCGUCGUGCAAAAGUUCCAGCUUUUGCGUGGUGGUAACGUCGAAGCGGCGCAACUGAUCAACGUUGGCGGCGGCUCGCAAAACUUAAUCGAUUUUGACGACGACGACACCAGUGCCCCUAUUUCCAACGACGAAAAAGACAAGCAAGGCUACAACGACUUGUUGAGUGAAUUGGCCGACUUGUCGUUUGGUGGUGCGGCGGCGGCUCCUCGUACCACCAACCCGUUGGACUUGUACGGUUCUGGUGGUAUUGCCUUGGGCUCCUCCUCCGCCACCCCGGUGCCUGUGGCUCCCGUUGCUGCUAAUGCGUCUCUUGACAUCUUCGGCAUGUCGUCGCCCUCGCCCCAGUUGGAGAGCAACCCCGUGCCUCCUGCCAACAACCAGCUUGACCCCUUCGGUCUCGACUUCCCUCAAGCUACUCCCGCCCAAGUUCUGGGACAAAGCUUCCGUCAAACCAUUGCCGUGUCCCAAUCGGGUGCGUUGAAGAUUGAGGUUGGUGUGUUGCCUCAAUCGAAUGCUAGCCACUUCAGCGGACGCGUGUUGUUGUCCAACACUGGUCUGGCUCCCAUCGAUCAGAUUAAGUUCAUGAUCGCCGUCCCCAAGCUGUGCAAGUUGAACUUGCAACCCCAGCUGGCUGACCGGAUUGCCGCGUUCACCAACAACGGAGCCACCCAGGACUUCUCCAUCGAGAACCCUCAAAAUAAGGCCCUUAAGAUUAAGUGGAAGGCUGAGUUCUCGGUGAACGGCCAAGCCUCGGAAGAGCUGGGGGUGUCAGUAUUAGAAUAG